AUGGAAGGGGUUCAACCUCUAAAUGAGAAUGUGGGAAACGUACCAAGGUCAAGAUGCAAGUGGAACAAGCUAUUGCUGGUAGCCUCCGGGAUUCAGGGCCUGGGGCUGGUCCUGUGCCUCACCUACAUCUGCCUGCACUUCUACUACCCUCAGGUACAAUAUCCUCCAAUUCAAAGUAUUGGAGUACAACUUACACGAUAUAGAAUGGAGAAAGUUUUCCUCAUCACUGCACCAAACGAGGCUGAAACCAUGAAGGUGACAAACAAUUCAAUCAUCAUCAGCUGUGAUGGGUUUUACCUCAUCUCCCUGAAGGGCUUCUUCUUCCAGGAGGUGGAGAUCAACCUUCAUUACCGGAGGGGUCGGAAGCCCAUCCUCAUCUCAAGCAAGGACAGGAGGGUGAACUUUACCACAGUGAUCUUUUUGGCUUUCAAAGACAAAGUAUACUUGAAUGUGAACACUCACAAUACCUCCUGUGAACACCUUCAGAUGAAUGGUGGGGAACUGAUUCUCAUCCAGCAAAAUCCUGGUGGAUUCUGUGCUUCCUGAGGGUUUGAUGGCAGCAUUUCAAACCAGGCGCCAGUGCAAAUGUCAGACUGGGAAUGGGCAGGACAUGGAUUCUUCCUUGUGAGUGGAGGAGUCACUUUAGCUCCAGCUCAGCCACAUCGGAUGUACCCAGAAGCACAUCCCACUCCACCUUCACUCAGGGAUAUUUAAAAUAUAUUUUACAUACCAGUUAACCUUAUUUAUCCUUCUAUCUUCUAAAGCACCUCUCAUCCCCCACCAUUACCUUGAGCCCAGUAGGAAGCUUUGUGAGAAUGAAAAAAUAAGUGCUUCUUCAAGACACAUUGUUUCUAUUGAUCAGGCAAUUGUUACAAUAAACUUACAUCAUUGAAAAAGGCACUUGAGUACCAUUUGCUGGGAGUUCAAUAUGUUUGUGCCAUUGUCAAAAUGAAGAGCAUGGACUGAGAUUAUGAAUCUGCAAAAGGUGGUGCCUACCAUCCACUAGGAGACAAAGUGACCUCUCCAAGGUUAAAUUGGUUGAUGUUUGCAUAUUGUUUAAAUGCCUCUCUAAAAGGAAAAUCAACUUGUGAAAAUCAGGACUUGAAAAGAGCUGUCUAAGAAAUACUCUGUCUGUUGGAAUUUUUCUUCACCACUUUGCUUUCCUGGCUUCCAAACAAAUUUAAUAGAACUAGGAAUAGAAAUAUUCCUUCAAAGAACCAUCCUGGGUAUAGUGUGCUGUGAAAAAUCUAAUUGGGGAUUUAAGGAAAACUAACAGAUUAUUUUUUUAUACAGGAAGUGUGAGAUAAUUUACCACACAGAGUAGAAGUGAACUGAAUGUCUCAGGGUAAAAGUCAAUAAGAAUUUUAACAGUCUGGGGAGGAAAAUCAGUUCUUUGUCACUUAAGGCAAAGCAGUACAUGCUUAUUCCCCUACUAUGCUGAGACCCACUUGUAUUCCUAACCAAUUGUUUGUUUCAAAAAGAGGAAGCAAUGCUAUAAUCAAGUACACUUUUACACCAAACAGCACUAGGAAGUUACCAUGGUUUACGAAAAACAUUGAUCUCUGUCUAGAAAUACCAAAACAUCACAUAUGAUUGUACACUGAUAAUUGUAACUAGAAAGACCUAUAGUCAGCUAAUACCAAGGCUUCAAGGGAAUAGGAUCUCCUUAUGUUUACUUUAAAUUUCCUCCCUUAACUUGAUUUAAUGUAUCAUGCAUAUGUGAUUUUUUUGGUCAGAUUUCCAGAUGAUUUGUAAAUUCUCUGUGGCAAAAUGUUUACAAAUGUAAAAUUUGAUUUAAUUGUAGCAAGCAUUUCCAAGCUAUUUUAAGUAGUGGAUACAAGAAUCACACAAACUUGCUGGAUGAUUCUGUGUUACUCUAGGGAUUAUACUGUGCUGCAAUACAGUGACUAUCUCUAGGACCUUCAGGAAGGUGGAGGGCUGUUCAUUCCUACACUAAGUGGUCUCAAUAAUGUUUGGACUUUUUUUUGUCUGUUUUAAAAUUUGUCUUAAAUAUCUAUCUCCAAUUAUAUUCUCACCCCACUAUUUCAAUCUGUUAUGGAAAGAAGCUAAAUUAAAAUGCUAUAUAAAGAACUUGUACAUAAGGUAAGAGUAAUCCAGCCCUGAAUGACUGUCAAGGGACUCACAUAGCCACAAUCAUAGUUAAACACUUAUGGAAGUGUGGACCACACACUGGGCUAAAUGCUUUACAUGAAUUAUUCUAAGCAAGAUGUUCUGUGAUAUCUUUCUUGAUGACUCAGAAGAUUUAGUAUGUGUGUUCAUGUUGUAUAGUUUACUUUUUGCUAUUGACUAUGUCUUACAAAGUUGUAGUUACUUAAUGAGUGAUUUCUGAAAAAGUUUAUGACUACAGGUAAUAUUUAAGAAAAUGUACGUUUACUUUUUAAAGUUUGGAAUUUCUGUCUGACAUGCAGUGCACAUGCCAGGGCUCUGCAUCCAUGUUCUGUGGGUUGCUGCCUUUGAUGCCAUGGUUCCUGCUUACUGAUGCCACUUCCUUUGGUUCCACCUGGCCUGCUCUUCCCUUGCUGUUGUCCUUCAGCCACACAGGGAUACUGUUGCUGUGCACCAACCUCACUCACUUACCUUCUACUCAUCAAAAUAUACAUGUUAGGUGUCUUCAUCUCUGUAAAUCUUUUCCUUGAAAGGGAUAAUGAACCUUGUACCCUGUACAUGGGAAAGAUUUAUGGAAAGAGAACUGAGUGAGGAAUCAGAAGAUGGUAAUCUUGAAUUAGAAUGAAUCAGUAAACUAGCCAAGUGACUUUGGACAAACCAUUUCUGUAUCCAGCUUUUUUUCUCUUGUAAAAUGUGAGGAAUGCUAAAUAUCUAAUUUUAGAAUCUUGUGCUUAUCAUCUUAGCUAUGUCUUUAUACUGGUUGUUAUGACUCAAAAGGGGUAACUUUUAUUUUACUAUAUGGAAUUGUUUUUAUCUUCCUGGACAAGCUAAACAUCUUCCUUCAGCCUUCUUUUCCAGAGUGGUUACCCAUUGCUGUUUAGUGACCUCCUGUUUAGAGCAUGCUUAAAGGAUUCCAAUCUUGAUCCGAAUCAUAAUUUGUUCUUAAGCAUCCUGGGAAGGUCCCCUGUUUUGAGCCAUAUUUUUGUACUUACUGCUUUCUUAGCUUUUGGAGAAUAUGAAUAUUAAUAAUAUAGCUAAUAAUAUUGAUAUUUACGUGGAAAUAAAUUUUUAAA